AUGGAAGUCACAUACCUAGCAGAAAGCAGCAAGAUUCUGUCAGUUCAUGGAUACCCGCAGCAUAACGACAAGUGUAAGAAUGCACACAUCACCUCGUAUCCCAUUCAACCUGUCCAUCCCGAAGUCUUUGAGGUUGCUCUAGAACAGCUCAAGUCAGGCGCAGACCUCACGGAGAUCCAAGAGCGAAACCGUACCAUGUUCCACACCCGAGGAUAUAAGAGCCUUGCCGGAGUUGAUUUGCUCUCCGCUGGGCACCGGUGGCUCUUGCGCGCAUCAGACAACCGUUCAAUCUAUCGUCAGUUCAACCGCAUGCAGGGAAUCAAGACGUCAACACCGUCCCACAUUAAUAUCGACAAUUGGAUCCGGCAUGGCUCACCACUGUAUGACCGUGCAAUUGCCGACGCAGUGUUUUACUACUCACCUCGCCACAUACGAGAGGAGCGUCUCAAGCUGUGCAUUGCCACACCGCAGAUGCUAGAUGCCGCCUGGCAGUAUGCUCACUGUUCACAAAUCAUCCUCGACAGAACGUUUGGGAUCUGUAACCGCAAGCUUCUGCUGUUCAUUGUGAUGGCAGUUGAUGAAGAAUGGAAGGGCGUACCUCUUGCCUUUCUUCUCUUCUCCGCUCCCACAAAGAAUAAGCAGACUUCUGCCGGAUACGACACGGCAAUUCUCACAGAGCUUCUGGAGCAGUGGAAGUCAGCGGUUACUGCGCGGAAGAGGCAGCCCUUCACUGUUCAUGUUGCCAUCACAGACACAGACCUUAUGGAAUGA